ACUGCGCAUGCGUAACGGCGGGCGUGGAGAGCGAGCGAGCUUGCGUCGUGCGGCGGGGGCUGUGCUGAGUGAGUCUGCAGGCAAGAAGGAGACAAUGGAGCUGGAGGACGGGGAAGAAGCGUUAGGCGGCGGAGAGCGCGUCAUCUCCGUGUCUAGCAGCGACUCCGGCAGCGAGGGGGAUGAGGUGGCAGCUCUACCUGCAGACACCACCAGUCCUCGAGGCAACAAGGCCAGCACUCCUCGCAAAUCUUCCACCCCUGGAGAGAGACGAAGAAGAACCAUCUACAUUGCCGGGCGUCCUCCAUGGUACGACUCCCAUGGGCAGAUCGCUGAAGCAUUUGUCAUAGGUUUGGCAGGUGGGAGUGCGUCGGGGAAGACGACAGUUGCUCGGAGGAUCAUCGAGUCAUUGGGUGUUCCCUGGGUCUCUCUUCUCUCCAUGGACUCCUUCUACAAGGCUUUGACUCCAGAACAGAACAAGAAAGCCGCAGAAAAUGAGUACAAUUUCGACCGCCCUGACGCAUUUGACAUGGAUCUCUUGGUGGAGACUCUCCAGAAACUGAAAGAAGGCAAACACGUGGAGAUACCAAUUUACGACUUCAGCACACACGCCCACGCCAAGUACAAGCAUACAAUGUACGGAGCCAACGUGGUCGUUUUCGAAGGUAUAAUGGCGUUCUGCCACGCACCUCUUCUAAAACUCAUGGACCUCAAAAUCUUCGUAGACACUGAUUCAGACAUUCGACUAGCCAGAAGACUUCGCAGGGACAUUGCAGAGAGAGGGCGGGAUCUAGAGGGUGUGCUGAAGCAGUACAACAAGUUUGUCAAACCAGCCUUCCACCAGUUCAUACAGCCAACGAUGCAGUAUGCAGACAUUGUCGUCCCUCGCGGAGGCCAGAACAGAGUGGCUGUUCAACUCAUUGUCGAACACGUCAAAGAUCAACUCAAACAGAGAGGGUUCAACAACCGGCCCAAGUUGUUGGCAGGUCAGAGGGAGACUGAGGCUCUGCCUGACUCGGUUCACAUUCUCCCCAACAAGCCUCAGGUCAAGGCCAUGCACACCGUCAUCAGGAACAAAGAGACAAAGAGAGAUGACUUUGUGUUCUUCACCAACAGACUGGCUUGUCUCGCCAUGGAAUACGCCCACUCCUUCCUCCCCUUCCAGGAUGUGGCUGUGAUCACUCCUCAAGGGGACGAGUACAGCGGAAAGAGAUUCAAUGGAAAACUAUGUGGAGUGUCCAUCAUGAGAGCAGGAGAGGUGCUGGAACCAGCGCUGCUGUCUGUCUGCAAGGAGGCGACCAUCGGAAAGAUCCUCAUCCAAACCAACGAAACCACAGACGAACCAGCGGUACGUAAACCUGUCUGUCUCUUUUUCCUUUCUUUCUCUGUCGCUCAUACACACUCCUCAUUUGCCGAUGCACACCGUCCAUCUCUCGCUGUUUCCAGCUCCAUUUCCUGAGGCUCCCGUCUGACAUAUCACAACGUCAUGUGAUCCUCAUGGAUGCUACCAUAGCAACCGGAGCAGCUGCAAUUAUGGCAAUCAGAAUUCUUCUGGACCACGACGUCCCUCAAGAGAACAUCAUCUUUGUGACAAUGCUGGCAGCGAGACUAGGAAUACAGACACUGGCCUACAGCUUUCCCCACGUCCGCAUCAUAACUACCGCCGUUGACCCAAAGGUUAGUAGGGACUACCAUAUUUUGCCCGGAGUUGGUAACUACGGCGACAGAUACUUUGGAACGGAACCCGAUUGACUAUAAUAUUUCCAAUUCCAAUCAGAACGCCCCCACUAUUAUGUGUUUUGUGUUUUUGUACAAAAAUCUCACACGGACAAGAUGACAAUUAGUGCACACAAGAAUUAUGUUCAAUUUGCACUCCUAUUAUAUAUAGUGUCGUCGACUGCUGCUUUAAUUGGUGGGUGUGGUCACGUACUUGUGGUGAUGGCUAGCUGCUGAGUGUAGUCAUAUUCUAUAGUAGGCACCACCGACUGAACAAACUUGAGGAAAACGAUGAGGUAAGAGUGGACCUCGAGCUCUCGGCCGUCCUCGGCAACCAUGUCCAUGAUUCUCUUCAUUACCUCUGCGUGACGACAGGGGUGGACCGAGAGACGGGGAGGAGGGGGG